AUCAGAAGGAACAUUCAUAUUAUAGUAUCUUGAGUUCUUGAUUAAAUUUACAUUUUCAUCUUUUGCGUCUUCAUAGAUCUUCUAAAUUUCUACUAUUUCUUUUGAUUCUGCCUCAAAGUGCGAAUCUUUUAUACUGGGUUUUGAAUCUUUUGUUUCCAUUUUGAAUUCUAGGGUUAAAUUUUUCCCAAUGCCCUUCUUGAUUCUGGUUUAAAAGUCAAAACUUUAUAAUGGGUGUUGAAUAAUAUUUCCCAUUUUGAAUAAUAAUACAAGAUUUUUGAAUAUGGAGAAAUGGGUAUGUUUGUAAUGUUGUAAAGUUGUGAUUUUUAGAAUGAAUUGUUGGCAAUGAGGAGUGAAGAAGAGGAGGAGGGAAAACAAUGGAGAGUGUGGUACAAGUGAAGAGUGAAAGGGUACAACAAUCUAUACAAGGGGUAGUGAUUCAGAGGACUAGGUUGAAACUGUGGUUUAUUCCUGUUUUUGCUAGCAUUUUGGUAUGGGCCUGUUUGGUUCAGCUUUGGCAUAUGCGCUUGCUUUCAGGUUUCACUCGUGUAACUAAAGUAUCGGUUCGUGUUGAUGAGACUAUGCAUUCAACUACACCUAGAAAUUAUACAAGUAAUGGGUUUCUUCAAGUGUCCUGCAAUGGUGGUUUGAACCAAAUGCGUGCGGCGAUUUGUGACAUGGUGACUGUUGCACGGCUUUUAAAUUUAACGCUGGUUGUCCCAGAGCUUGAUAAAUCAUCAUUCUGGGCAGAUCCUAGCGAUUUUGAGGAUAUUUUUGAUGUGAGACACUUCAUUGAUUCAUUAAGAGAUGAAGUCAACAUAAUAAAGAGACUGCCAAAGAAAGUUGCCAGGAGCUAUGGAAACCAUCCAAUAGUAAUGCCUCCUGUUAGCUGGUCAAGUGAAAAGUACUACCUGCAACAGAUUCUGCCUCUCUUCAGCAAGCAUCAGGUUAUAAACUUCAACAGGACAGAUACUAGGCUAGCAAAUAAUGGGAUCCCUCUUGAGCUUCAGAGACUUAGAUGUCAGGUCAAUUUUCACGCUCUGAAAUUCACACAAAAGAUUGAGGCAUUGGGACAAAAGUUAGUCCAUAUGCUUAAGCAGAGAGGACCAUUUGUAGCAUUGCAUUUACGGUAUGAGAUGGAUAUGUUGGCUUUCUCUGGUUGUACUGAAGGCUGCACAGAGGAGGAAGCAGAGGAGCUCAAACAGUUAAGGUAUGCAUUUCCAUGGUGGAAAGAGAAAGAGAUUGUAUCUGAUGAGAAGAGAUCCCAAGGCUUGUGUCCCCUCACACCGGAGGAGGCAACUUUGAUUCUACAAGCAUUGGGUAUUGAAAAGGAUAUGCAGAUUUAUAUUGCGUCGGGUGAUAUUUAUGGCAGUGAACGAAGACUUGCUACACUGAGAACUGCCUUUCCAAAGAUCGUGAAAAAGGAAAUGUUGCUUGAUCCCGAAGAGUUGCAGCAGUUCCAGAAUCAUUCAUCUCAAAUGGCAGCACUGGAUUUCAUAGUAUCAAAUGCUAGUAAUAUAUUUAUCCCUACUUAUGAUGGCAACAUGGCUAGACUUGUCGAAGGUCAUCGUAGGUAUCAUGGUUAUAAGAAAACCAUCCUAUUGAAUCGCAAAACUUUGGUAGGGUUAUUGGACUUGCAUCACAACCGGACCCUUUCAUGGGCUGAGUUUUCAGCUGCUGUGCGACAGUCGCACGAGGGAAGAAUUGGACAACCAGCUCAUCGAAGAGUUAUUGAGGACAAACCCAAAGAAGAAGAUUACUUUUAUGCAAAUCCUCACGAGUGUCUGUGUGAGAGUGCAACAUGUGAAGGUCUUGAUAAUUCAACUGAAGUUCGAUGAGACAUGUCCACCAAGAUCAUGACUUGCAUAUAUAUUCGGUUCCACAGCCUAAUGCACAGUCAAUUUUUUAUAAAGAAAAAAAAGCCGAAGGCUUAAAUUUUUUCGUUCAUGCGUCGAGAUUCUUUAGAGAAAGGCAAAAAGUGUGGCCUUUCUUAGUCGCGGGGACAUUUAGGAGAUGAGUAAUUCUUGAGAUUCAACAUGAGAAGGAAGGAAGGAUUGGUGCCAUCCGCGCUUCUUCUUACUAUUGAAAGUAGUUGAAACUUUGAAGCUCGUUUUCUUGCAUUCCUUUCAAUUGAUUUUGAGACUUUUAGCUAUAUAAAGUUAGGUGAUUUUCUAGUAAAUACAUUUUAUUCUUUGUAAA